CCGCGAACUCCGCGGGGGCGGGAAGAGUGGGCGGGGACGAGGGCGGGCGGGGCUGGGGGCUGGGCAGAAGGGAGCGCCCCUAACCCUACGGGCUACCGUCGCGGAGCUCACCCGAGGUCCAGGCGAGCGGGCCGGGCAGGCACCGGGGGAGAUACAGCUUUUCCAGUCACUUUGCAUCUAUAAAUUUUUGCCCUAUCACCACCAGAUCAAGGAGGAGGGUUAAACAGUUUAAGAUGAGAAAAGUUGAUCUCUGUUCAAGCUCUGAAGGGACUGAAGUGAUUUUAGCUACAUCAAGUGAUGAAAAACACCCCCCUGAAAAUAUAAUUGAUGGGAAUCCAGAAACAUUUUGGGCCACCACAGGAAUGUUUCCCCAAGAGUUCAUUGUUUGUUUUCACAGACAUGUAAGAAUUGAAAAGCUUGUAAUCCAAAGUUACUUUGUACGGACCUUGCGAAUUGAAAAGAGCACAUCUAAUGAGCCAGACAGUUUUGAGCAGUGGAUUGAAAGAGAGCUAGUACACACAGAGGGGCAACUUCAAAAUGAAGAAAUUAUGGCACAUGAUGGCCAUGCCACUUACUUGAGAUUCAUUAUUAUAUCAGCCUUUGAUCAUUUUGCAUCUGUGUAUAGCAUUUCUGCAGAGGGAAUAGCAGUCUCAAAUCUUUCUUAAUAAUUAUAACAAAAUGCUUUUGUAUGUUUUUUAACCCUGUAUUUAUUUUAAAAUAAAGUUGCCACUGAUGUACUUUAUUAAAGGGAUUUGUAUCAA